UCGAACGCGCCGCGGCAGCCAUGUUGGACGUGGCAAGCACAGGGGCCGGCACCAGGGGGCUAGCGAAGCAGCUGUCACGAUGCUGGGGUCCCUGGUGUUAAGGAAAACAGCGCCUGCGCCGCGGCUCCUCCUCCAGCUGCUUAGGUCCCCAUCGCUCCGGAGUACCACUGGCCGGAGUGUGACCACCGGGGGCCGCGGGGAGCCUCAGUGGUUGAGGGCGGCCGUCGGAGGGCGGCAUGGAACGUCGCCCGCCUUACUCGCCGAAGGAGGGGCAGCCACCGGGGGGCGCCAGAGAGGACGUACCGAGACCCCGUGCCUCGCAGCCUCCACGUGGGGACGCCUUCCUAGCCCCGAAGACCCACUGCCUGGGCAGGACAGCUGGAACCAGGUCCUCAACAGGGCCGGAUUAGGCGUGUGGGCCCUGGCCUCGGCGCUGGUGGCUCACUGUUACAGCAAGAGCCCGACCAACAAGGAUGCAGCCCUGGUGGAAGCGGCUCGAGCCAACAAUGUCCAGGAAGUCCGCAGGCUGUUGUCACAAGGAGCGGAUGUCAAUGCGAGGCACAAACUUGGCUGGACAGCGCUCAUGGUGGCAGCUAUCAGCCGACACGACAGCGUGGUGCAGGUCCUGCUUGCUGCCGGUGCGGACCCGAACCUCGGGGAUGAUUUCAGCAGUGUUUACAAGACCGCCAAGGAGCAGGGGAUCCAUUCUUUAGAAGUCCUGGUCACUCGUGAGGAUGACUUCAACAACCGGCUGAACAACCGCGCGAGCUUCAAGGGCUGCACGGCGCUGCACUACGCCGCCCUUGCCGACGACUACCGCACCGUCAAGGAGCUGCUGGAUGGAGGAGCCAAUCCCCUGCAGAGGAAUGAAAUGGGACACACACCCUUGGAUUAUGCUCGAGAAGGGGAAGUGAUGAAGCUUUUAAGGACCUCUGAGGCCAAGUACCAGGAGAAGCAGCGCAAGCGCGAGGCUGAGGAGCGGCGCCGCUUUCCCCUGGAGCAGCGGCUGAAGGAGCACAUCAUUGGCCAGGAGAGCGCCAUCGCCGCCGUGGGGGCCGCGAUCCGGAGGAAGGAGAACGGCUGGUAUGACGAAGAGCACCCUCUGGUCUUCCUCUUCCUGGGAUCGUCGGGAAUAGGAAAAACGGAGCUGGCCAAGCAGACAGCCAGAUACAUGCACAAAGAUGCCAAGAAGGGUUUCAUCAGGCUGGACAUGUCCGAGUUCCAGGAGCGGCAUGAGGUGGCCAAGUUUAUAGGGUCCCCACCAGGCUACGUUGGCCACGAGGAGGGUGGCCAGCUGACCAAGAAGCUGAAGCAGUGCCCCAACGCCGUGGUGCUCUUCGAUGAGGUGGACAAAGCCCAUCCAGAUGUGCUGACCAUCAUGCUGCAGCUGUUUGACGAGGGCCGGCUGACUGACGGCAAAGGGAAGACCAUCGACUGCAAGGACGCCAUCUUCAUCAUGACCUCCAACGUGGCCAGUGACGAGAUAGCGCAGCACGCGCUGCAGCUGAGGCAGGAGGCUCUGGAGAUGAGCCGUAACCGGAUCGCCGAGAACCUCGGGGACGUCCAGAGUGGUGACAAGAUCACCAUCUCAAAGAACUUUAAGGAGAACGUGAUCCGCCCCAUCCUGAAAGCUCACUUCCGGAGAGAUGAGUUUCUGGGACGAAUCAAUGAAAUCGUCUACUUUCUCCCCUUCUGCCACUCGGAGCUCAUCCAACUCGUCAACAAGGAGCUGAACUUCUGGGCCAAGAGAGCCAAGCAGAGGCACAACAUCACGCUGCUGUGGGACCGCGAGGUGGCGGACGUGCUGGUCGACGGCUACAAUGUGCACUACGGCGCCCGCUCCAUUAAGCACGAGGUGGAGCGCCGGGUGGUGAACCAGCUGGCGGCCGCCUACGAGCAAGACCUGCUGCCGGAGGGCUGCUGCCUGCGCAUCUCCGUGGAGGAUUCGGACGCACAGCUGCUCACAGGGCCCGAGCUGCCCCCGCCCGGGGCUGAGAAGCGUCCGCCCAAGCUGCGGCUGGAGAUCAUUGAUAAGGACAGCAAGAGCCACAAACUGGACAUCCGGGCACCACUGCACCCGGAGAAGGUGUGCCACACCCUCUAGCGCCCACCCACCUGGCUGACCUGCCCUCGGCACCCAAUAAAGCCCCCUCGGCCGUGGCGUGGCAACCCAGCUACCUGCCCCUCGUGCCUCGCGUCCAGCCCAAGGCCUCUUCCCUCCGCACAGCCCCUGAGUGGCCCUGCUCGGCCCCAGAGUCAAAUGCAGGGCCUUUGCCCUCCCCUGAUGCCUACGGUGUGGGCCCCCGUGUGCUGACGGGUUUCCGGGAGGGGACCUGCCCCUCCGUCCCCUCAGGCAGCGGGAAGAGGGAGGCCCCUGUGUCUGUCCUUCAGCCCCAGGCCCCUUAGUUCUCUGGAACCUUGUCAUCUUUCUCGGGAGCUCAGAGCACGGCAGCCAGGAACAGAGCUGGCUGAAAGAACCCAGGACCGGCUGGGACAGGGCCCCUGCCGGCCCCACAGUGUCUCCACUGGGAGCAGAGUGCAGAGGCGCGGGCACCAAGUUCUGCGUUUAGGCCGCAGCUUCCUCUGCCGGGCCCGAGAAUCCCAAGGGCGAGACUCAGAGAAACCAGCCAUUGCCGCGUCAUAGCUGCUGUCCCCCCGACCCCGUGUCCUGGGGUCAGGCCAGACGGUGUCUCUCCAGCCCUGGAACUAGGCUAGCAUAGGGCGCCUUGAGGAGGAAGGCGGACUGGGCACUGCCCUGCCCCUCAGUGGGACUGGGCAGACGUACCAGGUGGCCAGGGGAGGGGAAGCUGUCGGAGGAGGGUCAUGGUCGGGGCGCUGCCUGGAUGGCCAUGGCAUCUGCCUGGGCCCCGUCUGUCCUGUGGGCCCAGCUGUGUGAACCUGGAACCAGUGGCUCCCCUCUGCAGUCUGCAUGUGAGCCCCUAAGCAGAGGCACCGCACCAUCCGCCAGGGCCUUCACAGAGCAGACAUGUUUGAGCCUCAGCCCAGCAGGCCCAGCAGGGCUCAGCCCAUCCUUGGGCCCCAUCAUGGGCCACCAUUGAUAGCCACGCUGUCACCCUCCCCUGCAGGGCCAUUUGGAAUCCUCCUUGGGUGUUAGCAAGUCUCUUUCAGAAAGCAGGCAAUGGGGGCGUUUCCCUUGGGUGAUGGAAGGAUGUCAGGACAAGAUGGCACGAGGCCGCGAGCAGCCAGAGCUUCUCCCGCAGUCACCGUCCCGCCGCGAGGAGUUGGCCGCUGCUUCAUACCUCAGUAACUGCUAGUCUUUUUUAAGUUGUUAUUUUUUUUUUACUUAUUCUGAAAUAAUUUUAGACUUACAGGAAGUUGCAGAAAUAGUAGGCUUCCCAUGCACCCUUCACCUAGCUUCUCUUAACAUCUAAAAAGAAUAUUAAAUUAGGAUUAUUCAAAGCAGGAAGUUCACCUGAUACAGCGCUGCUACUGACGUGUAGCCAGUCAGCUCUGGCCGUUCUCCCUUCUCGUGUGCGUUUCCUGGCCCAGGAUCCAGUCUGAGAGCCUGUGUCGCAUUGUGUCGUUUCCUUCAUCUCCUUCAGCCUGUGGCAGGACCUCUGGCUUUUCUUGCCUUGUGCGACCUUGACGCUUGUAAAAUGUCCAGGUCGGUUAUUCUGUAGACUGUCCCUUAGGGUGGGCUCGUCUGCUGCUCUCCUGUGAUCGAUUGAGGUGUCCCUUUGGGCAGGGCCAGCCCGCAAACACUGAGCUGUGCCCCGCCUCGUGCCUCACAGCAGGGAGCGCCCAGGUAGGGUUGUGCAUGCCACUGCUCCACCGCGAGAGUUCUGCUUUCCCCUCCGAAAUUAGUAAGAAGCUCGUGGGGAAAGAGAAGCUGUUCAGAUGUCUUGGCCUUAGAAUUUUGCCCACCGAUUUUAGCAUCCAUCACUGGUUCUUGCUUAGAACAAGCAUUGUUGUAUUUGCCUGAUGACGACUUUCAGUUUUCUUAGUGCAUCUGCAUUCAUCCGUUGGUAUUCUCCUACAAGGAACAGUGGUCUCUUCUCCUGUUUAUUUAUUUAAUAAUUUAUAUCAGUACAGAUGGAUAUUUUUCUUUUAGUCUAUGGGUUAUAAUCUAAUACUGACAGAGUAUAUGUUGUUGCUUAUAUUGGCCUAGAUUUGGCCACUGGAAACGCUUAGGGUGGUUUUUGCGUUGUUGCGGCCUUGCCCCAUCAUCUUUUUCAGUGUUUCCAUACUUUCUGGCAUCGAAAGGUGCUCUAAGCUCACUCAUGCUUUUCUUGUCCCAGCUCGGACGCGAGCCAUUCCUCUGACGGCUCCUGCUCUUUUCGUUUGAGGCUGGUACUUAGAAACCAAGGUGGCGUAUUCAUGGCUGCUGGAGUGUCAUUGCUUCUAGGCCCUUUCCACCCACGUUGCCAGGAGAUCGAUCUGUGUAUGUGAACACAUGCGUCGCACGCAAUUGAGCGGAUUGCUGUAUCUGUCCAUCUGCAUGUUAUUAAAACCCAUGAGUCCGUACUGAUGCCUGCAGUUCUGAUCCAAAACCGCAGGGUUCACGACCUGCCGGUACUGUUAAGACUAUACUGUUCUUAUUCUGCUUCUUCCUCUCCUGCUCUAUUUUUAAUCCUUUCCCUUUUUUUUGUUUUGUUUUGUUCAGACUUCCCUUAGAGACGCUAAGUCAGCCCGUGACCCUGCUGUACGGAACAUUCCUAUCGAAUAAAAUGCUCAUGCCUGCC